CCACUAUCACCGCCUCUUCGUAACCAUUCGCUGCCGAUGUCCUUUGAACGGAGCAUAUUAAAGCCCUCUCCUUAUGAUGAGCUCUAAAAAAUAAUUUCUGUUCUUUUACACUACUAUUGGUCCCUCUCAGUCGUCAACAUGUUUACUCUUUUCCCGCAUCUCCCCCCUGAACUUCGCGAUGAAAUCUGGUACCUUGCCCUAUCAGAACCCCAGCCACCAGGAAUAUGCCAAUGGAAGAAAGGCUGCUGGAUCCCAAAAUACCUUACCCCAGAAGAAGCGGAUUGGUCCGACGACGAUCCUAACAACAUUCGCUUAGAGUUUCGCUACGACAAGUUGGCAACAUCAGUUUAUAUACCGAUCGUGGAUGUCAAUCAAGAAGCGCGCCGUGUUGCACUAGCUUGGGCCGGCGAUAACAACAUCAAGAAUCGAUACAUAAACGGCAAAUAUGAGUUCAAGCGCAGGAUGGAUAAGGACAGAGAUACUGUCUACCUCCCCAACAAUAAGAUAGACGCCGCUGAGAUAGAGGCUAUCGAUCGUGGUUUUGAACCAGAUCUUAUCGACCGGAAUCACACCGUGGCAACGUAUAUUACAAGCUUGGCAGUACCGGCAAGAUAUAUGCGAACCGCCGACGAAACACCUUACUCGUGGGAAUGGCACGAGAAUCUUGAAAAGAUAUACGUCAUUGUUGGAAAACAACCCGACGGAGAUGGUCAGUGGGAGAUUGACACGACGAGAGGAACAAGCCUAUUUUGGACAAGGGACACCGGCACAUUUAUUCCCCAGCUAGGAGCGGAUGAAUUUUGCAGUAGGUAUCUUUUGAAGAUGAUCGUGGAGGAUAAGAUGGAACUUGGGGCUGCCCUCAUGCGCUGUCAGGGACCGGCGAGGAACUCGUUUGAGAUUCGUGUAUGCUCGGUGAUAAGAAGGUGAGUGAGAAUUUUGAUUGUACAAUGGUAUAUUUACACAUAUUCAGGUCGCCAAAGACACCUUCUCGUACGCUUACAAAUAUGAAGGAGAUGUUUGAUGGGUGUUUAAGCGGGGUGCAUCUGAGCAAAAAACCUCAAUAUAUCUGAUAGUGUUGAGAAGCGGUAUAGGCCCUAUUCUUCUG